AUGAGCGAUUACUAUAACUUUCCACCCUCCAGGCCAGGUUCUGGUAGCAAUCCUGGACCAUAUCAACAGGCAACAAUUCUCUCAGGAUCUUCGUCCAGCACUCCCAAUCUCGGUGAGAACAUCAAAUCAGAUACCUCACAGAGUGCGCUGUACUAUAGCGGAUUGUCGGAACACCUUAUCGACUAUCAGACGCCCAAGAGCUCCAGCUCGCGACACAGGCGCAAGUCCGCGCCAACCCCAGAUCACAUCAAACACCGUCGAACGCGGAGUGGGUGCUUUACUUGUCGCAGCCGGCGGGUCAAGUGCGAUGAGGCACGGCCUACAUGUGAACGAUGUCGGAAAGGAAAGAGGGAUUGCGUCUAUCCGGAUCCGACGCCCCUCAGCAAGUCCGCUUCGUCACAAGACGCGAAGAAUGUUGGGCCCAGUGAGGAGGAAGAAGAUACAGACGAUUCUGGCUUGACUCCUAUACCCGACGAGGACUACGAAAUACCCGUGAACACCUCCCAACAGCCUACUCAGCCCAAGAGGAGCCUUCGACGCAUCAACACCAGUUCAUCAUUGAGCCUGAAGCAGCGGAUGAUCAACCGCACUCGACAGUCAUCAGAGACACCUUCGCUAGACGAUUUUCAGAGCCCGUCUCCGAUUGUUUCUAACUGCACUUCAGUUACUUCCACCCCUACAAGCGCUUCGAUACCUGACCUUUUAUCGACGGCCGAGCCAGACUGGUCGCAUCUCCCUAUUGAUCUUCGCGCGGCGCUCGACUAUUUUAAAGCAAACAUUACCCACUGGAGUUAUGGCGUUCACAAAGACUUCAGUAACUUCUUCCAAACCACGUUCUUGAACCUGGCACUUCGACACGAGGCUUUGCUCAAUGCAGUAGUUGGCUUCUCCGCAUACCAACGAACAAUCAGGGACCCAAACGGCAAAAUCGAAGACUUCCUGAAGUAUUAUACUCAUGCCGUGACGCUGCUGCUCGGGUUCUUGAAGAAGAGGGAUGGCCAACAUGACCUAGCAACCCUUUUGACGAUUUUCCAAUUGGCUACCAUCGAGGAGUAUUUUGGCGACUGGGUCAAUCUGAUGGGCCAUCAGAAAGCAGCCCUCGCCAUAUUUAAAAACUUAUUCCAAGCUGAUACAAUCCCUCAGACACCUGUCGGCCGUAUACUGUUAGUAUGGUAUCUGCGCUUCGACAUCUUCGUGGCAUCAAUGGGCAGCAUCGAACCAAGCCUCCCACGCCAAUGGGAAGAGAAUCUCAGUGCGCAAUGUCAAGCACAACUCUCCAUUGACCCCCAGAACUUAGAAUGGCUCUGUGAAAACGCAGAGAGUCACCUACGGCUCUUGUCUAUGGAUAUGUGUUGUAUUACCUCGAGACGAAAGACGGGCGAGCUCACAGAGGAAGAGUUCGGCGUUGAGCACAGCAGGCUCUCUCUCCGACUGAAGUCAUGGAGAGAGCACUUGGAUCCUAUGCUGACAGAUCCUUCUCGGCGUUUCAAGCCACUCACGCAAAGUGACCAGACUCGGCUUUUUCACUACUUCCCAGAUGGCGCGCCGCUAUACGAAGGACCGCUAGCGCACACAACUGUCUUGCUCACCGAGUGGCACUCGAUGAUUCUGAUGCACAUGACACAGAUCUCAAACGACCUCCUAGCAAACGCCUCAGCUAUCCUUGGAGACAUGGCACAACAUGCAGAGGCUAUCUGCCAGAUCAUCGAGGCGGCUGAGCAGUGGACAACCAUCCCCAGUGGCCUGCUCACAAUGCUUCACCCUUCCCUUGCCAUCGCUGCGAUGUACCUCAUGAAGAGCCCCCGCCGUUAUGCGUGGUUGAGGGAAAAGCUCUCUUAUCUUGAGCACUGCGGCUAUAUCUUCCCCGCACCAUUCCGAGCCCGCAUGACGCAGCUUUUCGAAGACGAGACGAUCAUGCGUUGGUGGCUUCCUAACGACCGGGGCUUCACCCCCAUACUGCAAAGCGUCAGAGCAUUUGCAGACGAGCGGAAUAGAAGUGACGCAUCAAGGCAACGAGAGCAUCGGACAGCGAUGGAAGAAGUCUUCGACGCGGUGGUGGAUCUGCGAUUACAUGACACCACUGUGGAUCGCAGCCGCGGGGAGUGA